AUGAGAAAGUGGAAAGUGAUAGAACAAGACAAGAAAGCGAUAGUACAAGAUGAGAAAGCGAUAAAACAAGAGGAGAAAGCAAUAGCACAAGACGAGAAAGCGAUAGCACAAGACGAGAAGGUGAAAGUACAAGACGAGAAAGAAAAAGCAAAAGCACAAGAUGAGAAAGCAAUAGCACAAGACGAGAAAGUGAAAGUACAAGACGAGAAAGCGAUAGUACGAGAUGAGAAAGUGACAGCACAAGAAGAGAAAGCGAUAGCACAAGACGAGAAAGCGAUAGAACAAGGCGGGAAAUUGAUAGCACAAGACGAGAAAGCCAUAGAACAAGAUGAGAAAGCGACAGAAAAAGAUGAGAAAGCGAUAGUACAAGACGAGAAAGCGAUAGCACAAGACAAGAAAGCGAUAGAACAAGACAAGAAAGCGAUAGUACAAGACGAGAAAGCGAUAAAACAAGAGGAGAAAGCAAUAGCCCAAGACGAGAAAGCGAUAGCACAAGACGAGAAAGUGAAAGUACAAGACGAGAAAGUGAUAGUACAAGACGAGAAAGUGAUAAAACAAGAGGAGAAAGCGAUAGUACAAGACGAGAAAGCGAUAAAACAAGAGGAGAAAGCGAUUUUACAAGAUGUGAAAGUGAUAGAACAAGAUGAGAAAGCAACAGAACAAGAUGAGAAAGCGAUAGAACAAGACGAGAAAGCGAUAGCACAAGACAAGAAAGCGAUAGAACAAGACGAGAAAGCGAUAAUAUAAGACAAGAAAGCGAUAAAACAAGAGGAGAAAGCAAUAGCACAAGAGGAGAAAGUGAUAGCACCAGACGAGAAAGUGAUAGAACAAGAGGAGAAAGCGAUAGUACAAGAAGACAAAGCCAUAGCACAA